AUGUCUAAUAUCAAACGGGCCUUGUCCAAGGCCAUCAAAGGGCAUGGGAACGACGAUGACUCGUCUGGCUCCAACAUUCGAUCUGCCUUCGGCCCCAGGACGCGCACUUCCAUGUCCCGCGAUUCUGAGCACUCUCCCACCCGAUCCCCACGCCGCAGCAUCUUAGGAAGCUUCUUUCAAAAGGACUAUGUCUCCUCCUCGGAGGAUGUCUCCGAUGAUUCCUCCAGUGGCGCGCUGAGCAAGAACCAACAAAAGCGACUGGCCCGGCAGCAGCGUCGCAGUGAGCGGAGCCGACUGAGUGAGGAGCACUUCUCUGAGCCAGAUCAUCGUCGCAAGUCAGAGGAGAUUGCCAAGGCCGUGUCCGAAGAGACUGCCGAUAUGAAAGCUCGCUAUGGCGAGUUGCCUCUGAUGCAGUCGCAAGAUCGACUCCGAGAGGUCCGGACCCGGCUCGAGGAUAUCACCGCCGACAUGAUUGGAAAGCAGAUUUACUUUACUGCCCGUUUGCACGUGGUGCGCCGGAUGAGUGCUAAGCUCGUGUUCCUCGUGUUCCGCCAGCAGCUUUCCACCUUCCAGGGUGUGCUGCACGAGCGCCACGGAGUGUCAUCCAUUGCCAUGGUCCAAUGGGCAGAGCACCUGCGCGUCGGGUCUUUCGUUCGGAUCCGGGGCACCAUCCAGAAGCCUGAGGUUCCUGUACUGGGCUGUAGUAUUCACGAUGUCGAGCUGGCUAUCGACUCUGUGCACCUGCUCGUCCGCCGUGAGGAGCCCGUUCCUUUCAGCGUCUACGAGGCUGAAAUUCGCACCAACGAGGAGGAUAAGAUCGAGGGACGCCGCAGUCAUAUCCCAGACCGCACACGCCUAUCCAACCGUCUGCUCGAUUUGCGCACGGCAACCUCGCAGUCCAUCUUCCGCCUUCAAUCUGCGACCUGCAACCUCUUCCGUGGCGCUCUCGACGAGCGUGAAUUCAUCGAAAUCCACACCCCCAAGCUGCAGGGUGCUGCCACUGAGUCUGGUGCCAGCGUCUUCAAGGUCGAUUACUUUGGUCGGCCCGCAUUCCUUGCGCAGUCGCCCCAGCUAGCUAAGCAGAUGGCCAUUGCCGCUGACUUUGGUCGCGUCUAUGAGAUCGGUGCCGUCUUCCGUGCCGAGAACUCCAACACCCAUCGUCACUUGACCGAGUACACUGGUCUUGAUAUCGAAAUGGCUAUUGAAGAGCACUACCACGAGAUGCUCGAAACUCUUGAUGCCGUUAUCAAGAACAUUCUGAGCGGCGUUUAUACCAAGUAUCGCAAGGAGAUUGAUAUGGUGAAGCACCAGUUCCCCUCCGAGGAUGUUGUCUGGUUGGAGACGACUCCCAUCAUUCGCUUCUCUGAUGGUAUUCAAAUGCUCAACGAUUCGGGCUGGAGAAGCGAAGAGGGUGAGCUUCUGCCUUUAGAUGAGGACCUUGCCACCCGCGAUGAGAUCCGCCUCGGUCAGCUGGUGAAGGAGAAAUUCGGUGCCGACUACUACGUGUUGGACAAGUUCCCUCGUGGUGCUCGUCCCUUCUAUACCAUGCCUGACCCGGAAGAUGACAGAUACACCAACUCCUUUGACAUGUUUAUCCGUGGCCAGGAGAUCGUGUCCGGUGGUCAACGUAUCCAUGAUCCUCACCUGCUCGAAGAGAACAUGCGCAAGUGGAAGAUGAACCCUGAUGACAUGGAGGAGUACCUCGAGGCUUUCCGCUGGGGUGCCCCGCCUCACGCCGGUGCAGGUGUCGGUCUGGAGCGUCUGCUGAUGUUGCUCCUUCAAGUGGGCAACAUUCGCCUCACCUCUCUCUUCUAUCGUGACCCGAAGAGUCUGCCGGCUAAACCGCCCUCGCAGCAGCUCCGUCACCCAGAGGCGUCGACUCUGGAGCCGGUCUGGCUGCAGGAGCAUCACAGACGUGUAGCCGAGGAUAAUAACGAGCUGCCAGAGCUGGAAAAGCUGAUUGCCAAUUACGGUGAUGCUACGUCUACAUCCUGGUUCGACGAGCGAUACAAGAUCUGGCGUGAUAUGACCACUGGUGCUGCGGUUGCUUACGUGCCCAGCUCUCACAACUUCGCCAUAAUUCCCGGUAACCCGGUUUGCGAUCCCUCGCAAUACUCGCGCACUAUCACACAGUUCUUGCAGUGGCUGCGCCGCGAUACCAAGUACAAGCCUGUCUGGAUUCUCUGCUCACCUGAGGUCGAGACCAUUCUUGGUGAACGCCUAGGAUGGCGUAGCUUGUCUUGUAUCGCCGAGGAGCGCGUCGAUCCGUCGCGCAAUGCGGCUGCAUCGGACGGAGAGAUUGCCCGUAAGCUACGCAAGGCUGAGGCGGAGGGUAUCAAAAUUCAAUCAUUCCCUCUGGGUGAGCUGCCACCAGAGGAUAUUCGCAAGAAGAUUGACGAGCGUAUUGCCGAAUGGUUGGCCAACCGCAAGGGCGCCCAAGUGCAUCUGUCAGAGAUCCGCCCAUGGGUUGACCACGAGCACCGCUGGUACUUCUACGCCCAAGACAAGAACGGCGUCGUCUGUGCCUUCGUUGCCCUUGCCAUGCUUUCGCCCUCCCACGGCAUGCAAGUCAAGUACAGCUUGGACUUCCCUGGCUCUCCCAAUGGUGUCAUUGAGUACAUCGUCACCCAGGCCAUCCAGACCGCCUCCCAGGCCGGUGUCAAGGGUCUCACAUUCGGUGCCGGUGCCACUAGCCAGCUGAUCCCCGGUCAUAAUUUGCAUGGUGCCAAGAUUAAGAUGCUAGAGCACACCUACGAGGCCCUGGCCAAGCAGUUCCACCUAGUUCGGAAGAGUGAGUUCCGUGCCAAGCUUGGUGCCACCGAGGAGCCCUUGUACAUCUCCUACCCAUCACACGGCCUGGGCUCCAAGGGCAUCCGCGCCGUACUGAACUUCUUCGAAGAUUAA